UCACAGGAUUAGAUACAGCAGCUCGCCGGGCAGUAUCACAGGAUUAGAUACAGCAGCUCGCCGGGCAGUAUCACAGGAUUAGAUACAGCAGCUGGCCGGGCAGUAUCGCACAUGUCCGGCUUGGAUACCGGCUGCAGGUCCGCCCAGGCCUCUCUUCCUCCUCCCGCUCUUUGGGGGUCUCCGGCCGCCAUGUCUCAGGCUCCGGUGCAGUCGGGGGGCUCCGAGCUCCUUCACGGUGGCCCCUCGGCUCUGCCUGUAGCCCUCAGGAGCCUCAUCAACAGCCCGCAGUUCAGUGACGUCUCGUUUGUGGUGGGCCGCCAGCGGCAGGUGGUCCACGCCCAUCGAUGUAUCCUGACAUGCCGCUGUAAGGUCUUCCACACCAUGUUCAGCCGCCAGCCCCCCCAGGACGCUCCAGUCCCCUUCGUUUUGGCGGACGUGCAGCCCGAGGUCUUCCUGGCGGUCAUAGAGUUCAUCUACACUAACAGCGUGACCCUCGACCGCCUGAUCGCGCUGGAAGUUCUGACCGCUGCUGUGGAGUACGGGCUAACGGACCUGAGAAAGCUUUGCGUGGAUUUCAUCAGUCGGACGCUGACGGUGGACGUGGCCAGCGAAGCUUUACAGGCGGCCGUCACUUAUGGUCAGAGCGACUUGCGGCAGAAGUGCCUGGCGUUCAUAGAGCGCCAUACUGAGGAAGUCCUUAAGGCGCAGAGUUUCCGGGAGCUCUCCGACCUGGGAAUAGUCAGCAUUCUGCAGAGCGACCGGCUGGCGAUCGAUGAGGUUCCUCUUAUCCAGGCGGUCCGGCAGUGGGCGUAUGUCAGCUCGGCGGUCCUGGAUGUGCCGGUGUCCGUGGUCGCUCAGGGCGCAGUGAGGGAGCUGCGCCUCGUCCUACUGUCACCGGACGAGCUCGCCACUCUAGAGAGGGAAAACGCCAAAGACGACCUCAUCCCGGAGAUGCAGAUCGCGCAGGCCUGGAAAUUUCACGCCCUGAAGAAAGUCAGCGACUCCCACCCCCAUCAUUUCCAGCGGAGGAGAGGGACCCUAGUGAGGGAGCAUCACCAUUACCUGGACCUGCCCUCAAAGUGAUAGAGAGCGUCAGCUCUUGGGACCGAAGGAAGAAGAAAGUGACAGCCAGGCAAGGAAUGGGGUGUAGAGGGCGACCUCGCCCAGAACGGGGCAUCGGCUUGGAUAUAACAGGAGGAGGGUAACGCCCUCUGUAAACCCCACCACGCACCCUUUGUGGCCCAUCACCCGUUUUAGGGCGUUCCUUCUUCCUGACCAAUCAGAGCACAACUUAAACUGAGAGCAGACACGAAGGUUACUCCGACCGUGGCAGCCUGAACAUGUGGCUCGUGGCAGCCUGAACAUGUGGCUCGUGGCAGCCUGAACAUGUGGCUCGUGGCAGCCAAUCAUGAUCCUGCGGAUCUAAUGCAGGUAGGAGAUAAAAGCAGUGAUCUGAUUGGCUGUCGGGGCAAUUACUGCACCCAUCAUCCACCAGUACGCCACCGCGUCUCUAGGAAACGGUUCGGCAGGAUUUCCCCCUUUUCGAUGCUUCAGUCUGAUUUUUUUUUUUUCUGACCUUUGUACAGAUUUUCUGCCUCUGGAUGUGACUGUAAAUCUUCCAUUCACUGACAGCAAACAAUGAUCUGCAAACUGAAGGAAUGGGAAACAAAUAUCAGCCAAAAGCAAAGCAGGUCUGCGGGCGUGCACGAUGACCCCUGCCCCAGAGGGCCCCACCCCCACUAUAAUAGUUUAUUGGAACAAUGUUACUGAUAAGAGCGUUUAUGAGGCGCCAGGUGCCUCGUGCCCCGAGGUCUCUAUACAAGGUCAAACAUGAGAGGCGUUAUAGAGAGUCCCCCGCAGGUCACAGUCAGAACUGCAACGCAAAUAAUUUAUAUAAUACUGAGCAAUGGCCCCUCAGGGAUCGAAAAGGUUAAUGAGCUCAGAGGUGACAGUUACAACCCCUGGAGCCGGGCACAAAGGUCUGUGGGCGAAGACGGGGAAUCCCUGGGUAGAGCUCCCCCUCCAUGUGUGGAACGUAAUGACUCAGCCCCAGCAGUCUCUACGCCAAGGAACAGUCCAUAAUCUGUACUGAAGGGGGGAAGUGGGGGCGCCCUGUGAGCCAGAAACACUGUGCAUGUGCUGACACCUGCUGGACACAACUGAGAGGUGCAAGCACAGGGAGUCUGGAGGGUCAGUGCACCGGAUCCAAUGUUAUUUACACCAUGUAUACUGACUCCCAGGCACGCUCAACCUGCGGCCCCCAGCUGUUGCAGAACUACAACUCCCAUCAUUCCCUGACAGCCUACAGCUAUCAUUCUACAGAAGGGCAUCGUGGGAGUUGUAGUUUUACAACAGCUGGAGGGCCGCAGGUUGAGCGUGCCUGAUACAUCAGCGGGUUUACUGCAGGGAGUCUGGGGGGUCAGUGCACUGGAUCCAAUGUUAUUUACACCAUGUAUACCGACUCCUUAAAGGGAGUACGUCAGCAGGUUUGAUAAACUGCUGGUCGCACUAGGGAAGGGUUGGGGAGAGUAAGGCCCCUUGCAGAUGAGCGCGUCCGGAUGCGUCCCGGUGCAUUGCGGCAAACCCGCGCAAGUAGAUACGUAAUUGCAGUCAGUUCUGACAGCAAUUGCGUUCCGUUGUUCAGUUUUCAUUGUGCGGGUGCAAUGUGUUUUGCGAUUUUCACGCAACCCCAUUCACUUCUAUGGGGCCUGCGUUACGUGAAAAACGCACAAAGAGGAGCAUGCUGCG